UCGAUUUUUUAGUAAAAAAUAUUUUCUAGUUUUUUUAAAAUUUGACAAUAAAAUUUAUAUAUUAAACAAAUGGGCCAAACAACAUCAUCAAACUUUGAAUGGUCUUAUACUCAGGAACCUCACGCUACGCGGUCAGCCUAGUUUUGAUAUGUGAGUGACUCAGAAUUUGCAAUUUAAAAAUAGUGUUAGGUGUAAUUUAGAUAUCGGGCACGCAGUGUGAUCUUGAGUAAUUUUAUCGAUAGCUUGGUGAGGUUGGGGGCCCUCAAGGGGUAACACCUUGGAUAUCUACUUUAACAUGCCGAUACUCUGGGUGGGAUUUGAGUCUAUCCUUUACUAACAAUAAGCAUUUUCUGAAUUUUUCUUACUUUAUUGCAAGUUUAAGAUGGUUGGUUAAUGCGGAAAUCCGCAUAUUUUUGGCUGUAGUUUAUUGUACCGGUUGUAAAAGUCAAUUUUGGGGUGAAAAAUUCGAAUAUGAUAUGAUUUAUCCAACUUUCUUAUUUAAAAAUUUAUUGCAAAUUUUGGUCUUUCACUUUUUUAUUCGUCUAAUAUUUUAUUUUUUUAGUCGGAAACAAAUACUUGAAAAAUAUCCCCAAGUGAAACAAUGCUUUGGAGUAGAUGAAAGUUUUAAAUAUGUUGUUGUUUCAAUGGUUAUAUUUCAAAUAUUUAUGGCUUAUUUAUUAAAAGAAUCAUCUUGGCUCUUAAUUUGUUUACAAGCUUAUAUUGUUGGAGGAACAAUCUCUCAUUCUUUGACGUUAGCAAACCGUAUUCUUGGUUUUAUUGCUAAUUUACCUAUGUGUAUUCCAAUGUCUACUUCAUUCAAAAAAUAUCAUUUGGAUAUUCCAACAGAAUUUGAGGCAAAAUUUUUUGUUGGUCCAAUUGGAAAAUUUGUUUGGUUAAUUUUACAACCUGUAUUUUAUGGUUUAAGACCUCUCAGCACUUAUAAAAAGUCAGUUCUCGAUUUUGAAUUACUCAAUGGAUUUAUUCAAAUAAUAUUUAAUUUGGCAAUAAUUCAAUUUAUGGGCUACAAAUCUUUUAUUUACCUCAUUGGAGGGUUUUUAAUUGGAUUAGGUUUUUAA